AUGUCUAAAAAUAAUUAUGAAUAUAAACAAAGCAAAAUUACUUUAUUUAUUUCUAUUGCACAAACUUCUAAAAAAUCAAACCUUUUAUAUGAUGAAAAUAAUUUAUUUAGUGAAGAUUUUGAUUUUAAUAAUUUUGAAAACAGUACUGACGAAGGUUCUAAUAAUGAACAAGAUACAUCUGAAUUAAAAAAACCUGAAUAUAAUCAUUCUGAACAAAAUAUUGUUCCAGGUAGUACAAAUCUUUUAAGUUUACCUGAACCAAUAGCUGCAACACAAUCUAUACGUAGCGAAUAUGGAUCAUAUACUAAUAAUCAAGCUGGAAAACAAUUUAUUAAAGCAAUUGCAUGUAUUAUUAAACUUCAGAGUGCAUCAUCAAACGUAAUUUUUAAAGAUUUAAACCAGUUUAUUCUUGCUAAAUAUUUACCACUUGAAUCACUUUAUCAUUUUGGGAGCGAUGGUGCAAGUGUCAAUUUAGGUCAUGUAAAUGGAAUAGCAACACAGUUAAAAACUCGCCUUCUAUUUCUCACUGAGCAUCAUUGUAUAAACUAUCGUUUAGCACUUGCUUCUAAAGAUGCUGCUGAGCAAACACCUUAUUUUGAAGUUUAUGAUAAAACUGUUCGACAACUAUAUAAUGAAUCUAAUUUAGAUAUUUUGCAAGUUAUUAAAACUCGAUGGCUUUCAUUAAGUAAUGUUGUAAACAAUCUUUACCAAAUUAUUAAUUCAGUAAUUAGUGCAUUAUUAGAAGAUGUAUCCAAAGCUGAUAUACUUUCACAGCUUCGUCGUCUUUCUUUAGUUUUUCAAGCUGAUUAUGCUUCAGUUUCAGAAGUUACAAUACAAGUUGAUGCAAUUAUCGAAUCUAUUACAAUUGACUUUAUUGAUCUUCCUUUAUUUGUACGAGAAUUUACUAUAAAUACAGUAAAGAAUAUCAAACUUCGCUUUCCAGAUCGUGUACUCAUAAAUUCUUUUAAAAUUUUUGAUCCAAAACAAUUACCUACUGAUCGUUAUUUAAUUUCAAUCUAUGGAAAUAGUGAAAUAAUUAAGAUUGGAAAUUUUUACGGAACUUCUAAAAAAACUACUGAUAAUCUUGCACAAGAAUGGCGAAUUAUUCGAUCACUUCUUUUUAAUUACCGCAACCUACAUAUUACUAAAGCAUGGCAUAGUAUACUGCAAGAAAAUCAAGAUUUUGCUUUAAUUUAUCCUAAUAUUUAUUUUAUUAUUUCUAUUGUUUUAUGUUUACCCCUUUCUAAUGCUUAUGUUGAACGGGUUUUUUCAAAACAAAAUCUUAUAAAAACUAAACUUCGCAAUAGAAUGCUUUCAGAUACUUUGAAUGAUAUUCUUAUGAUAUCUUUAAAUGGUCCCGCUUAUAAUGAAUUUAAUUAUGAACAUGCCUAUCAAUUUUGGCGAAGUUCAUUAUUUCAUUAA